CUAUCUAAAACUAGAUUAUAUCAGUUUUAAUUAAAAAAAAUAUUUGUAUAAUACAAAUAUUACAUAAUAUUUUUUUGACUUUCGACCAAGGAGGCCUUGGUCGAGUGGUCGUAAGUGUGACGAUUCCCGGGUCGGAUAAAGUGGUGGAAAGUGGGUGUACAUUGUAUAGCAGCAUUACGUGCCGUAAUGUGCACCUCUGCCUACCCCUUCGGGAACAAAAGGAGUGACGUAGCGUUGUGUAUUUUUUUAAGAUAAUAAUAAACUACGAAUGUAACGGGCUUUGAAAAUUGCAAUAUCUUUGUUUAACCAACAGUCACAUUAAUACUUACUUUUCCUAAACAAAGCCAUAAGAACCAGCUACAUAGUAAAUAAUAUAAUAUGACAGUUCUUAUCCAUAAUUAUCUUUAAAUCAUGGGACAGUGGUCGCUAAUGUUAGUAUUUAUAUCGUAUAGUCUCUCUGUAUUGUUUAGAUCGAUGAUUGUGGCCGUACAAUGUUGAGCUUGCUGCUAAUCGCCUUUAUACUGUGUGUUGUUUGUGUGUGGCUCAAAUAUGGCCGAAGACCCAAGUACCCCCUACCACCAGCCAUGCCUGGAGCCCUGCCGUUCCUUGGAAUUCUUCAUCUUGUGCUAAUUAAUUAUUCUCGACGUUUUGAUUUCCUGAAGGACACCGCUGAAGAGUGCUCAAAGCUAGGCGGAGUGAUGCACGCUCAUUUCGGCAGCGAGUUAUAUUAUAUGAUAACAGAUCCUCAAGAUGCCUUGACUGCUAGCAACCAAUGCCUGAAGAAACAUUAUGUAUUUGAUCUAGCCAAGAAUUGGAUGAGGGACGGAAUGAUAAUAUCAUCAGGGGAAACAUGGAGGCGGCACCGCAAGCUACUGAGUCCUGCAUUCACACUGACGAUUAUCCAUAGUUUUCUGGAUGUCUUCAACAGCCAAGCCAAGAAGUUGGUUACUUCUGUGAAACCACACACUGGGAAAGGCCCCUUUGAUCUUUUCCUAACAUUAAAAUUGAAUGCUUUAGAAACUUUUUGUCUCGGUACUUUAGGUAUAGAUGUCAUAGAUGACGUGAACUUCUCUAAAAAGUACAUGGAAUCAGUUGAUGAAAUAAUGACGCUACUGAUCAGUAGAGUGGCGAUGGUUUGGCUCCGCAGUGACGUUGUAUGGAAGCUGACUGGACAAAUGAAGAAAGAACAAGAACUUGUGGACACUUUACAUGCAAUGACUAAUAAAGUUUUACAACGGAAGAAAGCUGCUCUAAAAUAUAAAAGUGCGGAGAAAGUCAUUGAGUCGGAAACUUCAGGUAUCAAGUACAGACCAUUUCUAGACCUACUUCUAGACCUGUCUACGAACGGUGCGAUUACUGAUGAUGAGAUCAGAGAGGAGACAGACACCAUCAUAGUGGCAGGAUAUGAUACCACGUCUAAUCAGCUUACUUUCAUAUUGUUACUGCUUGGUGCACACCCUGAUGUACAAGAAAAGGUUUAUGAAGAGCUUCUGGAAGUGCUAGGUCCAGACAGAGAUAUGGAGAAGGAUGACAUUAAUAAAUUAGUUUACACAAACGCUGUUAUAAUGGAGUCGAUGCGGCUGUUUCCUUCGGUACCGUCCUUGUUCAGGACUGUUGAAACUGACGUUAAGCUGAAAAACUACACAAUGCCCGCCGGGAGUUACUGUAUAAUAUUCCCAAUAGCGGCCAGUAAAGUGGACCCCUACUGGGGGGCAGAGCCAGACAAAUUCAGGCCAGAAAGAUGGCUGCACGGAGAUUUUAGGAAUAACAAGGAAUAUUCUGCAUUCGGUUUGGGGAAGCGAGCUUGUAUAGGUAGAACAUACGCCAUGAUAUCAAUGAAGGUGACGCUGGCACAUUUCCUACGACAGUACCGCGUGAGGGCAGACUUGAGUCAUUUGAAGCUGAACUUCGACUUCUUGAUGAAACCUAUCUCUGGACACGAUAUCAGUAUUGAAAGUAGAAGGAAAUAAAGAUUAUGGAAAUAUA